AUGGAGUCCGCGGGUCGGUGGCAGAGACUUCCUAGCGGGCCGAGCCUAAAGCAUUUGACUGACCCCUUUUAUGGGACCCCACGAGGGCAGCAAAAGGCAGCGUUGCAGGAGCUGACGCGGACGCAUGUGGAGUCGUUCAACUAUGCGGUGCGAGAAGGGCUCAACCACGCGGUGCAGGCUAUCCCUCCCUUUGAAUUUGCUUUCAAAGAUGAACGUAUCUCUCUUACCAUUGUGGAUGCCGUCAUCAGCUCACCCACAGUUCCAAAAGGGAGCAUCUGCAAAGAUCUCAAAGUUUAUCCCGCAGAAUGUCGGGGCCGGAGGAGUACCUACCGCGGAAGGCUGACAGCUGAUAUCAGCUGGGCAGUGAAUGGAGUAUCAAAAGGAAUCAUUAAACAAUUUCUAGGCUAUGUUCCCAUUAUGGUCAAGUCCAAGCUUUGCAACUUAUACAACCUCCCUCCAAAAGCCCUCAUCGAACACCACGAGGAAGCAGAGGAAAUGGGAGGUUAUUUCAUAAUCAAUGGCAUUGAAAAAGUCAUCCGAAUGUUGAUUAUGCCACGGAGAAAUUUCCCCAUCGCAAUGAGAAGACCCAAGUGGAAAAACAGAGGGCCUGGCUAUACUGAGUAUGGAGUUUCUAUGCACUGUGUGAAGGAAGAGCAUUCUGCUGUCAACAUGAACCUUCACUAUGUGGAAAAUGGCACUGUUAUGUUGAACUUUAUUUACCGGAAAGAACUUUUUUUCCUUCCUUUGGGAUUUGCCCUUAAGGCACUUGUGAGUUUUUCCGAUUAUCAGAUCUUUCAGGAGCUCAUCAAAGGGAAAGAAGAGGACUCUUUCUUUCGGAACUCUGUUUCUCAGAUGUUAAGGAUUGUAGCAGAGGAGGGCUGUUCAACGCAAAAACAGGUUCUUAACUAUCUAGGGGAGUGCUUCCGGGUCAAGCUUAAUCUCCCUGAAUGGUACCCCAAUGAGCAGGCUGCACAGUUUCUCUUUGACCAAUGCAUUUGUAUCCACUUAAAUUCCAAUACUGAGAAGUUUUACAUGCUUUGCUUCAUGACCCGGAAACUCGUUGCUUUAGCCAAGGGAGAGUGUAUGGAGGAGAAUCCUGAUAGUUUAAUGAAUCAAGAAGUCCUUACACCUGGCCAGCUCUUCCUUAUGUAUCUAAAGGAAAAAAUGGAAACGUGGUUAGUGUCUAUUAAAAUAGCAAUAGACAAAAGGGCUCAGAAGACCAAUGUGUCCUUAAACACUGAAAAUUUGAUGAGGAUUUUUAAUUUGGGAACAGAUCUUACAAGACCAUUUGAGUACCUUCUUGCUACUGGGAAUUUACGUUCUAAAACAGGUCUGGGCUUCCUGCAAGACUCUGGUUUAUGCGUUGUGGCUGACAAACUGAACUUUGUGCGCUAUAUUUCCCAUUUCCGCUGUGUGCACCGAGGGGCUGAGUUUGCCAAGAUGAGAACCACAACUGUGCGCAGGCUGCUGCCAGAGUCCUGGGGCUUCCUCUGCCCAGUGCACACGCCCGACGGGGAGCCCUGUGGUCUCAUGAACCACUUAACUGCUGUGUGUGAGGUCGUCACGCAAUUUGUGUAUACGACAUCUAUUCCAGCUUUGCUCUGCAACUUGGGAGUCACACCCGUUGAUGGAGCCCCACAUGCCCCAUACAGUGACUGCUAUCCUGUCCUGCUGGAUGGCGUCAUGGUUGGCUGGGUGGAGAAGGAGCUUGCGCCCACCAUCGCAGAUUCUCUCCGGCAUUUUAAGGUGUUGAGAGAAAAAAGAAUCCCUCCUUGGAUGGAGGUGGCCCUUAUCCCCAUGACAGGAAAGCCCAGUCUGUACCCAGGACUGUUCCUCUUUACUACUCCUUGUAGACUAAUCCGGCCCGUGCAGAACCUGGAAUUAGGCAAAGAAGAACUAAUUGGAACUAUGGAGCAGCUCUUCAUGAAUAUUGCUAUCUUUGAGGAUGAGGUUCUGGCUGGAGUCACCACACACCAGGAACUCUUCCCCCACAGCCUGCUGAGUGUGAUCGCUAAUUUCAUCCCCUUCUCUGAUCACAACCAGAGUCCACGGAACAUGUACCAGUGCCAGAUGGGUAAACAGACUAUGGGCUUUCCACUUCUUACUUAUCAGGACCGAUCAGACAAUAAGCUGUAUCGUCUUCAGACUCCACAGAGUCCUUUAGUGAGACCAUCCAUGUAUGAUUAUUAUGACAUGGAUAACUAUCCAAUCGGGACAAAUGCCAUCGUUGCUGUUAUUUCUUACACCGGCUAUGAUAUGGAAGAUGCUAUGAUUGUGAAUAAGGCCUCUUGGGAACGAGGCUUUGCCCAUGGGAGUGUGUAUAAGUCCGAGUUCAUCGACCUCACUGAGAAAAUCAAACAAGGCAAUGAUAGUCUGGUGUUUGGUGUCAGACCUGGUGACCCGCGGGUUUUGCAGAAGCUAGAUGACGAUGGGUUGCCCUUUGUGGGAGCACGAUUGCAGUAUGGAGACCCGUAUUAUGGCUACCUGAACCUGAACACUGGAGACAGCUAUGUUGUGUACUAUAAGAGUAAAGAAAACUGUGUUGUGGAUAACAUCAAAGUUUGCAGUAAUGACACAGGAAGUGGAAAAUUCAAGUGUGUGUGCAUCAGUAUGCGGGUCCCUCGGAACCCAACCAUCGGGGACAAGUUCGCCAGCCGCCACGGGCAGAAGGGCAUUUUGAGCAGGCUAUGGCCUAUGGAGGACAUGCCUUUCACUGAGAGCGGGAUGGUCCCGGACAUCUUGUUCAAUCCUCACGGCUUCCCGUCCCGCAUGACCAUCGGCAUGCUGAUCGAGAGCAUGGCCGGCAAGUCCGCGGCUCUGCAUGGACUCUGCCACGAUGCCACACCCUUCAUCUUUUCUGAGCAGAACUCUGCUUUAGAAUACUUUGGGGAAUUGCUGAAGGCGGCUGGCUACAACUUCUACGGCACGGAGCGGUUGUACAGUGGCAUCAGCGGGCUAGAGCUCGAAGCAGACAUUUUCAUUGGAGUGGUUUAUUACCAACGCCUGCGACACAUGGUCUCCGACAAGUUUCAAGUGAGAACAACAGGAGCCAGAGACAAAGUCACCAACCAGCCUAUUGGGGGGAGAAACGUGCAGGGGGGCAUCCGCUUUGGGGAGAUGGAGCGAGAUGCCCUUCUGGCCCAUGGUACCUCUUUCCUGCUUCACGACCGCCUCUUCAACUGCUCUGACCGCUCUGUCGCGCACGUGUGUGUCCAGUGCGGCAGUCUCCUGUCCCCGCUGCUGGAGAAGCCGCCCCCUUCAUGGUCCGCCCUCCGCAACAGGAAGUACAACUGUGUGCUCUGCCAGCGCAGCGACACCAUCGACACUGUGUCGGUGCCUUACGUCUUCCGGUAUUUUGUAGCCGAACUGGCCGCUAUGAACAUCAAAGUGAAACUGGAUGUUGCUUAACUUGAUGCCUUUUGGUUUAGGAGCUGUAUUGGAUAAAAAGAAAACAUAUAUUUCAUUUUGUGAAGAUAGUGAUAUUUAUGGUAUUAUUGAGGUUUUUGCCCAGGGAUGUUGAAACUCU